GAUUUCGUAAGCCGCGGCUGCUGAGGCGGUUCCGCUGGCUGCUGUGUACGCGGCGAGUUACACCUGGUGCGGCCCACUCGGCUCCCACUGCUCCCUCGAACCGGGUCUCAACGCCAACUGCGGCCGGGUAGCCAUCUAAACAUGGACUCCGCCGGCCAAGAUAUCAACCUGAAUUCUCCUAACAAAGGUCUGCUCUCCGACUCCAUGACGGAUGUCCCUGUGGACACAGCGGUGGCUGCCCAGGCUCCUGCUGUCGAGGGUCUGACAGAGACCGAGGCCGAGGAGCUCAGGGCGGAGCUUGCAAAGGUGGAAGAGGAAAUUGUCACUCUGCGCCAGGUGCUGGCAGCCAAGGAGAGGCACUGUGGCGAGCUGAAGAGGAAGCUGGGCCUUUCCGCCUUGGAGGGCCUGAAGCAAAAUCUCUCCAGGAGUUGGCAUGACGUGCAGGUCUCCAAUGCCUACAUGAAAACUUCUGAGAAACUCGGAGAGUGGAAUGAGAAAGUGACCCAGUCAGACCUCUACAAGAAAACCCAGGAAACCCUGUCUCAGGCGGGACAGAAGACCUCAGCGGCCCUGUCCACCGUGGGCUCUGCCAUCAGCCGGAAGCUUGGGGACAUGAGGGCUCGGCCCUUCCCACACUCCUUUAGCAGCCACUCCAUCCGCCACUCCAUAAGUAUGCCGGCCAUGAGGAAUUCUGCUACCUUCAAGUCAUUUGAGGACCGAGUUGGGACCAUCAAGUCUAAAGUUGUCGGUGGCAGAGAGAAUGGUGGUGACAACCUUCCCUCUCCAACGGGGAGUGGUGACAGACCGUUGCCCGAUCACAUACCUUUCUAAGACUGUAGCGACUUUGCCCGGCCAUGGAAUAAGCACACCCUCAUCGCCACAACUGCAACUUCGAGUGGUGGGUGUGGAGGACAAUUAUGCCAUCCCCAUGGAGACGUGGUCGCCGCACUCGCAUGGGUCAGAGAACACGCCUUGUCCACAGAUGCCUCCCCCUCUGUCAGAUCAGCAGGUCAUUUCGCCAUCCUGCCUUAGGGCAGGGAGUGGGCAGGAUGGUGGGUCCCAGGGUGACUGAACCAAAGCCAGGCUUCUGUUGGGAAUCUCUUAGUUGGUCAGCAUGUUUAAAGGGGGGAAUGUGAUAAGUGUAAAAUGCGCUGUGUUUUCCGAAGUCUUUCCAUAAGUCACAGAAGGACGAGUCAUCCAGAAAGCCCUGCCUGAUCUGCAGUUUAAUUUCAAAAUGCUAAACAGGAAAACUAUCCAUUUUUUGAGACCUUCCAGAAAGAAGCUGAUUAUCAGCAGCUGCCUAAUUGUUACACUAACAAUCUAGCUUUAACAAAAGCAAAUUCUUUAUUUUCUAUAAAUGCAGUGGGUUUUUCAAAAAGUAAAACUAAGCGAAGCAGCUUUAGCCUCAUAGUUAGAAAGUAUUUCUUUGGACUCAAGCUGAAAUGCACGCCUUACAUCGCCUUAUGCUUUGUUUAUAAUGUUUUUAUAUACAAACGAGGAUUCUUCAGUGGGUUUUGAGCAUUAUGUAAAACCCUGCAUCCAGCCAAGGGGCAGCACGGCUGUGCCAGUGCUGUAUUUUAUUUCAUGAGUGCACUCCAUCCCUGUGUAGAAACUGGCUUCUCUCCUCUUGGUGACCACAGCAGCACCUGCUGGCCAGUGGGGAUGGAGGCAGGAGAAAGACCAGCCCCUCCAUGGAGGGCCAGCGCUGCCCUUGCGCAAGCCAGCCCUGGCUGGCUCCUCCCCGGUCAGCAGCUGCAGCCUGUGGGUAUGCCACAUGCCGGGGCUGGCAAGCAGCAGGCAGACCCUGCAGGUAGGUCAGGGCUGGGGCUUCGGGUCAGCUGGAACUCUGCUGUUGCCUUUUCUCAGGAGCUACAAAGAUCUCUUUCUCCUCUGAUGCUGCCACAGCCCAGCAGCCUCACCCCUGGCCCCAUGUCUGGUGCAUCUGGAGGGGCAGCUCUGUGCCUUACAGGCUCUUGGUGGGCAGAGACCUCGACCACCUGUGUGUGCUUUCGGGGGGAGGAGCCAUCGGCUUAGCGUCCUCUCUGCUGGACUGUGAUGUGCUGCCUGGUACCUGCAUGUGCUGGUCACUUCAGACACUUGGGGGACGGGGGGGCUGCAGUCCACGCUGUGCCUUGGGAGGAACGCUGCUCCAUGCUCUUUCCCUGGGGUUGGAGUCUCAGAUGGGGUGUGGUGGGAAGGCAGGAUGCAGGGAUAAUGACUGCAUCCUGGGUUUCUCUUUUCCAUAAAGUAAAUAAUGGUGAUUUGUCAAUAAAGCAUUUCUUUGGGGGAAAACAGA